AUGCCUAUCUGCCAAAAGCUGUCCGAGAUGAUCACCGCAAUUGCGAUGAUGUUGUUCUGGCUUGUCCGAAAUGGACAGGAGAUUGAGAUGGCAAAAGACCGUCUUCUCUCCGCAACCACCAUCACCAUCACCUCCACUGUCACUGUCACUGUCACUGUCGCCAUUGGCGAAGAGUGCCUUGCAGGCCCCACGGACCCGACCUCCUCCUCCUCCUCUGCCGCCACCGCCGAUCCGGCAGCCGCCGCUGCUGCCAUUGCCGGUGCCCCUGACCCUGCAGCUACCGCCUCUGCCAUGAUCCUUCGCCGCCUCCCCCUCCUCAAUAUGCUGCCUGGGGCUUUACCCUGUUGGACGAUGGAAGCCGUGGAGACAGAGAGCCGCCCCCUGGCCACGUGGUCAAGCAUUUGGCCAAUGCCCAAGGGGCUGAAGUGUUGGGCGUAA